GAAAAUACAAAUAUGAUGAAUUAUAUUAUCUUAAGAUUAAGUAUCAAGACCCAAAAGGUUCUGAAAGGUUGAAAUAUCGUAUAAAUUAUACUUAUCGUCAAGAUUUUGAAUUAAAUGGUAAAAUCGGUGAUAUAUUUGAUAGU